AUGAAGGUCUCUGAUGCCUGUCUGGGCCUGUUGCUCAUAGCUGCCAUCCUCAGCACUCAGCUGCCCGCUCAGCCAGUCUCCAUCCCUGUCACCUGCUGCUUUGAUAUGGUACAAAAGAAGAUUCCCACGAAGAAGCUGCAGAACUAUACAAUGGUCAACAAUGGUCAUUGUCCUCAGGAGGCUGUAAUCUUCAAGACCAAGCUGGGCAAGGAAAUCUGUGCAGACCCCAAGAAGAAGUGGGUCCAGGCUGUUAUGAAGCGCCUGAAUCAAAAAUCCAAAAAGCCAAAAAUCCGAAGCCAAAAGUCUCCACGCCUGGACUGA